CCGUCUUCUUCGCCAGGAAUUCACACUCCGAUUCGAUUCCGAUUCCAACUCCGGCGACGACGAGUUUGACGGCGACGGAAAAAUGGUGGUCAUGGCUAAGAAACGCGAGACUAUUUUCCGGUCGAAGCUUCCCGACAUUCAUAUCCCGAACUACUUGCCUCUGCAUAUGUACAUUUUCAGAGAUACGGCGAGUUUCGCCGCCGGCAAGUGCUUGGUCGACGCCGCCACCGGAGAAGAGCUCUCGUACGACGACGUUUUGACUACUUCGAAGAAACUCGCCGCCGGUCUGACCGGAAUCGGCGUCCGCCGCGGCGACGUCGUGAUGCUGCUCCUCCCCAAUUGCCUCGAAUUCCCCCUCGCCUUCUUCGCCGUCUCCUUCAUCGGCGCCGCCUCCACCAUGGCCAACCCGUUCUUCACUCCGGCGGAGAUUUUGAAGCAGGUGAAGGAUUCCGGCGCUAAGGUCAUCAUCACGAAAGCUUGCUGCAUCGAAAAAAUUAGGGAUUUCGCGUCGGAGAACGGAUUGAAAAUCAUCUGCACAGACGCGCCGCCGGCGAUGGAGGUGGCUUUGCCGGCGGUGGCGGAGGACGAAAUUCUCCACUUCUCGGAUGUGGCGUCCGCUAAUGAAGACGAUUUCACGGCGGUCGGAGUUAAACCGGACGACGUUGUGGCGCUUCCGUACUCCUCCGGCACCACCGGAAUGCCGAAAGGCGUAAUGCUGACGCACAAGGGGCUGGUGACGACGGUGUCGCAGCAGGUCGACGGCGAGAAUCCGAACAUGUAUUUGGACAGCUCCGACGUGAUUCUAUCGGUGCUGCCGCUGUUCCACAUCUUCGGCCUGAAUUCCGUCCUCCUCUGUGGCCUACGCGCCGGCGCCGCCAUUGUUCUAAUGCAGAAGUUCGAAAUCUCCACGUUCCUGGAAGUUAUACAGAAGUAUAAAAUUACUUUCCUACCCCUCGUCCCGCCGAUUGCCCUAGCUAUCGUGAAGAGCCCCCUCGUGGAUAAAUAUGACCUUUCCUCUGUCCGCCUCGUCAUGUCCGGCGCCGCCCCCCUCGGCAAGGAGCUCGAAGACGCCAUUAGAGCUAAGCUUCCCAACGCCAUUAUUGGCCAGGGCUACGGAAUGACGGAAGCAGGGCCAGUUCUCUCACUCUGCCUGGGAUUCGCGAAGCAUCCUUUUCAUAUGAAAUCAGGAUCUUCCGGAACGGUGGUGCGGAACGCCGAGAUGAAGGUAGUAGACACAGAGACUGGCGAAUCGCUGGGGUACAAUCAGCGGGGAGAAAUCUGCAUCCGCGGCGAUCAGAUCAUGAAAGGCUACCUGAACAAUCCGGAAGCGACGAAGCAGACGAUCGACGAGCAAGGAUGGCUGCACACCGGCGACGUCGGCCUGAUUGACGACGACGACGAGGUGUUCAUCGUCGAUCGAGUCAAGGAUAUGAUAAAGUACAAAGGCUACCAAGUCGCUCCGGCGGAGAUCGAAGCCAUUCUCGUCGCCCAUCCUUCCGUCUCCGACGCCGCCGUCGCACCGAUGAGGGACGAGGAAGCCGGGGAAGUUCCGGUGGCGUUCGUCGUGCGGGCGAAAGGUUUGACGGUGACGGAGGAAGAAAUAAAAGAAAUGGUGUCUAAACAGGUUGUGUUCUACAAGAGAAUCCGGCGAGUGUUUUUUGUCGACGAAAUUCCGAAAGCUCCGACGGGGAAAAUAUUAAGGAAGCAGCUGAAUCCAAAAAUAUCUGUUGUUUACUAAUAUGCCUAAAUGUUUAUUUUGUUUAAUUGGCAAACCAUAAAUUAUUAUAUAUAAAUAACAAUAAUAUAAAUAUUGUUAAUGUUGUUGUUAUAGUUGUCCAGCUAGCUCUACAUUUAUGGUAAAAAAAUAAGCUCUGUUAGAUAGCUUAGGCAUUCAUUUAUUUUAUAUGCAUUCAUGAUUCAUGCCA